UUUUGUACUCUACUAAAUUUACAGGCAGAACAUGGUCCAGAUAGUCAGGUGGUUCUUGUCGUUGCCGGAGAUGGAGUGGAUAUUGAUGCUAUCCAGGCUGAAGUUAGCAACCAAUGUGCUAGCCUUCCCAGAGGAGAGUAUGCUUCAAAAGCACUGAGUCAUAGCUUUGUUGUGUUUGCCAGAGACAUGGUUGAGGCAAUUUCCUUCUCGAACUUGUAUGCUCCUGAGCAUUUGAUCAUCAACGUCAAGGAUGCGGAAAGGUGGGAGGGUCUCAUUGAGAAUGCUGGCUCAGUCUUUUUAGGACAAUGGACACCGGAGAGCGUUGGUGAUUAUGCUAGCGGCACCAACCAUGUCCUUCCCACAUACGGAUACGCAAGAAUGUACAGUGGGGUGUCACUAAACUCAUUUCUCAAAUACAUAACUGUGCAGUCCUUAACCGAGGAAGGUCUCAAAAACAUUGGACCGCAUGUAGCAAAGAUGGCAGAAGUCGAAGGGCUGGAGGCUCACAAGAGAGCUGUUACCCUUCGGCUGCAGGAAAUCGAAGCUGCCCUACCUGCUUAGCUGACAUAAUGCAGGUCCAAAAUGCUCUGGGAACUUAUAAUAUCAUAGGCUCCUCCAUUUGAGUUUUUGAGUUGGUACGUUGAAGCACAACUUAUCUCGGUCAAUGUUUGCGUUUCUGAACUGAGCAGGUUGUUUCUUGAAGACCUUUACCAUUUUGCAUCAUUCAUAAUCUGCUAAAAGGCCAAGCUGUUGGGGGUGGUCUUUCUUCAGUGCCCACAAGCAGCUCAAAGUGGGGGGAGUGCAUAAAACAGUCAGCUCAUUUUUACGUGCAAUAACUACAUCCUCAGAUACAUUCAUCAUCAGGUUUAUGCUUGCAGAACCUAAUUAAGUUGUGUUCUCACUGUUGGUGCAACAUUUUGAAGUUCACAAUCGUUUAUCCCAACGAACAAAUGGAAAAGACUAGCCAAUAACCAAAUGGAUAGGGUAUUGCUGUUCGUAUUCACAUCAUCUUAUGUGGCAGAAGACAUGCUGUUGAACUUGUGGUAUUUGCUACGUAAGCCAUCCUUUCAUUUUACUGUUCUAAUAUGCAAGAAACUUUUUUCUGUUUGAUAUGCAACAUUGUUGAUUGUUUUAGUCUAAAGUAAUAUUUGAACUUGUGCAGA